CCCGAAGCAGCUGUGAAGGGGUCACAUUCGAAAAUUCUCGGAGAUCCGCUGCAAGGUACACAGGACCAACUAAAAAUUUCCACCACCAUGCCUUCUGCGUCGUCCCUGGAAACUUACCAGACACCCUUGGCAUCACGAUAUGCAUCCGCCGAAAUGUCGAACCUGUUCUCGAGCCAAACUCGAUUUGGUACUUGGCGACAGCUAUGGCUCCAUUUAGCCGAAGCUGAAAGAGAGCUUGGAUUGCCAAUCUCUGAAGAUGCCAUUAUAGAAAUGAGGGCUAAUCUGGUUUUGGACCACAAACAAAUGGAAAUUGCCGCGGAUGAGGAACGUAAAAGGAGACACGAUGUUAUGGCUCAUGUCCACACGUUUGGUUUGGUUUGUCCGAAGGCUGCACCGAUCAUCCAUCUCGGCGCAACAUCUUGCUACGUUACAGACAAUGCCGAUCUGAUUUUCUUACGCAGAGGGUUUGAAAUCCUGAUACCCAAGUUGGCCGUGGUGAUCUCCCGAUUAACGAAGUUUGCGAACGAAUACAAAGACCUGCCAACACUAGGAUGGACGCACUUCCAGCCAGCUCAAUUGACGACCGUUGGAAAACGGGCGACACUAUGGAUCCAAGAGCUCUUGAUGGACUUGAGGAAUCUGGUACGAGCCAAUGAAGAUCUAGGCUUCCGAGGGGUCAAGGGCACAACUGGCACUCAAGCAUCAUUCCUUGCACUUUUUGAUGGGAAUCAUGAAUUAGUCGAGAAACUUGACGAGCUCGUCACCGAAAAAUCCGGCUUCAAAUUCGCCUAUCCCGUCUCAGGCCAAACCUACACUCGCAAAAUCGAUAUCGAUUCCUUAGCUCCGCUUGCCUCUCUCGGCGCCACCGCUCACAAAAUCGCCACUGAUAUCCGUUUGCUAGCAAACCUCAAGGAAAUCGAAGAGCCUUUUGAGUCUGGUCAAAUAGGAAGUAGUGCCAUGGCAUACAAACGAAACCCAAUGCGCUGUGAGCGGAUAUGCUCACUGGCUCGCCAUCUGAUGGUCCUUCAGCAAAACGCCAUGAUGACCGCUGCAGUGCAAUGGUUUGAGAGAACCCUAGACGAUUCGGCCAACCGACGAGUAACGAUUCCGGAGGCCUUUUUGACGGCCGAUAUCAUUUUAACCACAUUGCAAAACGUGAGCGAAGGAAUGGUAGUCUAUCCAGCGAUCAUCUCGCGACACAUCCAUGCCGAACUGCCAUUCAUGGCAACUGAAAACAUCAUCAUGGAGAUGGUCAGGCUGGGAGGUGAUCGACAACAUUGUCACGAGCAGAUCCGGGUGUUGAGUCAUCAGGCCGCUAAGGUGAUCAAGGAGGAAGGCGGCGAUAACGACUUGAUUGAGCGCAUCCAAAACGACCCCUUCUUCGAACCCGUUCAUUCCAAAUUGGACCAACUGUUGGACCCCAAAACCUUCGUUGGUCGCGCUCCUGAACAGGUCGAUCAUUUCAUUAAAAAUUGGGUAACGCCGGCGCUUGCCCCAUACCAAGAAUAUAUCCAUGCUUCCGAACACGCAGUGCUACAUGUUUAGGCACCGAUUUCCUCGUGAACAUCAAUUCAAAAGGAAUGCAUAUUUUUGUGGAUCUCAACAUAUCUUGAUUUUUCCUCCAAUCACAAUUAACCUCGGAUCUUGUGAGCCAGCUUGGGUCGAUUUGACUUGAGCAUCUGUUCGAAGCCUCUCGGAUUCCAACAAAACUUUCUUCAGCUUGUGCUCUUGUGACCGGUUUGAGAUCUUGAGAUUCAGUCCAUGGCAGGAAUCCCUAUGAUCUGAUCAAUUUCCAAAUCUCGUUCUCAAAGGAAUCUUUUGCACUACAGCUGAUGCUUUGUUUUCGCAUUGUACAUAUGCACUGGUGACAAGUUCUCCAUCGUCUUCUUAUAUCCUUUUCUUCUCUUGCCCGGAUUUCUACUCCCAUCCAUAUAUCCAUCACACAUUGCAACACGUAUAUCAUCACUGGAAACUAAGCAUAACUCUGCAGAUCACUGUUUCCUUCUAUUUGCAA